AUCAUCGAUAUGUAACUUCGAAAUAUAAGUGGCCAAAUCAGAAAAAACGUGAAAUGAACUGCGGCACAGUGCAGGCAGCCUGUGGAUGCGGAUAUUCCUUAUCCGGCCAUCCGCAUUCCACCUAUAUUUAAAGGGUGAUGAUUUGGUUUGCUAUUUGAAAGAUUUGCAAAUGCUGUAUCUCUUCAUCAUUUCUAUUUCCCUCUAAUCAUCCGUACCCAUCACCAUGUCAGAAUCUUCAAAGGUGGACUGGAGUUUGGCCGAUGGACAUGGCUACGUGUUGGGAGAUCGUAGCCAUAUCGCAGCCUGUCGUCUCAAUCUCCAGUAUUAUCUUUGGAGAGAAGCCCUCCAAUUCGUGGUACACCCUUCGAUUCAGUGAUCCAAUGAGAGCGUCAUUGCAGAUGUGGCAACAGGUACCGGUGCCUGGCUUCUGGAUGUUGCUCGCGACUUUUCGCAAGCGCAACUCCACGGCUUCGACAUGAUGUGCGCCAAGCCCCCCACAGAAGUUGGCUACCUUCAAAUGUGUCUGUCAGACACUGGAAUAUCUUCACAGAUUUGCCGGAAGAUAUGGUUGGAAAAUACGACUAUGUUCACGUGCGGCUACUUGUACUGGUUCUUAACGGCAAUUCUCAGUCUUUUAUUCAGAAGCUCUUGAUGAUGUUAGAACCGUCGACAACUCUAACCAAUCAAUCUGCUAAUCUAGAAUAGGAUACUUGCAGUGGGACGAGUUAGAUUGUGUUAACAUGCACGUCAAGAAAUCUGAUCCCGAGCUUCAAACGCCGGCUCUAGAGCAGAUCAGAGAAAUGUCAUGGGCAAGUGGCAGGCAUGAUUGGACGGUGAAACUGCCGGACUUUCUGCAAGAAGCAGGCUUCCAGGAUGUGAAAAUGCAGCACUUCGGGGAUGAAGAUCGUCUGACCCGAGCUUUUAAUGAGCAACAUCUCCUAAUAAUGGAUGAGUUUACGUCUAGUUUAGUGAAGAUGGGGAAGGUAGACGCGGCAAAUAAGUUUUAUGAGCUGAUACAGCAGGCAUAUCAGGAGUCUACGGCGGGCGCGGCUUUAUGUAUUCCCAGAAUCGUGUGCGUUGCGAGGAAGCUUUUAGAUUGACUUACACGGGCACUUACCUCCCACUCUGAACCAGACCUCUGGGUCAAUCAAAUCCUUAUCAUUGGAAGAUAUGUCUCCACUUAUGAGCUUUGGUCAUCAAAAGUUUCACCUGCCCCCUGUCAACGACACAUCUCAUUGCUAUAUUACGGUCUAUCAUACCUUCCAGUUUCAGACUAGAUCACC